AAGGAACACAAAAAUAUUGGUAUACCAGAGUACGUCGCUCUCCAUAUUCACCGUUUCACACACUCUUCGUACCCUCCGUCCUAUUUUCCUUCUCUAUAUAUCAAGCUCGAAGAUCUCGAUACCCAUAUACAUAUAUACACACAGCGAGCUGUGAAGAUCGAAGUUGUUUUCUGAAGAGUCAUGGCGGCCAUCUCUGGUGCUUCGUUGAUUUCUAUCGGCUCCCGUCUUCAAGUUCCGUCUCUGAACUCGGGAAAGAUGCUAUCCAGCGUCAAAAGAGUUGCAUUUCCCAUUCAACAGAGAGCUGCGCCUCUCAACUUCAGAACCAGAGGCCUUCAGAUUUCUUGUGCUGCCAAGCCUGAGACUGUGGACAAAGUUUGCUCCAUUGUUAAGAAGCAGCUUGCACUGGCUGACAGUGUCUCUGUCUCUGGUGAAUCCAAGUUCACUGAUCUCGGAGCUGAUUCGCUUGAUACGGUUGAAAUUGUGAUGGGGCUUGAGGAGGCAUUUGGCAUAACUGUGGAAGAGGACAGUGCCCAGUCAAUUGUGUCCGUUCAGGAUGCUGCGGACCUCAUAGAGAAGCUUGUUGCCAACAAUAAGGACUCUUAAGCCCAGUGGAGAGGCAUUAUACUGUUUUUACAUUACUGUACUAGGAUCUGGAGUUGUGUCUUUGAUAUUUGUUGUUUUUCUCUCUGUCGGACCAAAGAAAUUAUUACCAGUAUCGUUUUUUAUGCUAAAGGUUGCUGAUUUUUUUAAAUGUCUUUGCAUUUGCUCAGACUAAAAUGCUUUGUUUUUUUAAUACAAAAAAUAUUAUCUUGAGGCAGUUGUGAUGAUUUUUUUUUACCUAUUUCAUAAGAAUGACAAUCAUAAUUUAAAGGAUUUAAUGGGCAAAAUCUGUGUUAUAUGUUCAAAUGUUGGGUGACUAAAUAAAAAACAAAAUAAAUUGUUGUUGGGUGU